AUGGGCGUCAGAGCCGACCAGCGCGGCACACAGGCUUGGUUACAUUUGCACGGGCUGCCGCCUCUCCACAGCUGCAGGAUGGAGUAUCUGGCGGCGAGCGUGCUCUGGCUGUCCGUCCUCGCGGCGCUGCUGGCUCUAUCCUCAGGCGACGCGGCAGCGCCCGAAGAAGCACGAGGGAGGUUCUCGCCGCGGGUGGACUAUGACGAGUGGACGCCGCUCGGCCGCGGUGACCCGCUCAAGAACGACCCCACCUACGACUAUGUCCCUCCUGUCCUGGACAGAGUUCAUUACUGGGCGCACCCCUCUUCCAGGACCCAGACUCCGGCGGCACCUCUGGAACGACGGACACCCGCCUCGCCCCCGGCCUCGCGGAAGGACGUCUUCGAACCGUUCCUCAAGUUCGUGGAACGGCCCAAGUUCGGGCGGCCGCCACAGCGACACUUCCCCAGGCCGCAGUACGAGACGUCGGUGUCGGCGCCGGAGCCGCAGGUGAUCCAGCACCUGCAGACGGUGCUGCUGCCGCCGCCGGCACCGCCCGCCGUCGAGGUGCAGGUGAUCCGGCACCUGCAGACGGUGCUGCCGCCGCCGCCGGCACCACCCGCCGUCGAGGUGCAGAGAGCAGAGCUGGCGUACCUCUCGCCCGGCACGUGGCAGCCCAGCAGUCGCGUGCCUGUCACCGCUACCCCCGCCCCGCCCGCCCUCACCACGGACCCGCUCUUCGCGCACUACAAGCAGCCCUCGGAGCCGCUGCGGGGACCCAUGUACCUCAUCAUCCAGGGCCACUCCCGGGUGAAGAAGUACGGCUCGCGCGCCGGCUACCACGGCAUACCCAUCCGGGAGGACAACCACCUACGGCCGGAGAGGCCCGGCGAGACCGUGGGGUCUGCGGCUUCGCAUGCGAGACGUUCUCUGGGGUCGUCGAGGCACUCUCGCAGCGGGGGGCAAGUGAUCGAGUGAAGCGUCACGGUCUCUGUUGUCUAACACUACUUAAGCCUGUACAGUGGAGCUAUCUGGUGCGGCGUGUGGCUCGUAUGGAUAGUGAUGCCUCAAUGACGUGCACGUGCAAGACACUGCCUGAAACAAGAAUGAAUUACAGUAGCUUAAUCUCUAAUUCAUUCUUCUUCUUUUUCAACACUCUUAAAUAUCUAAAGUUUAGCCAUCGAUAUUUCACAUUUAACUGAACUUGGAUGGUACGAAAUAGUUUUCUUGCUAGAGAUUGUUUCACUCUCUGGAUAUUUAAUGCAGUUCCUGUGUAUAGCUUCUGACUCAAAGUUUCGUAUGCGAAUCUGAGCUGUGACAUUUAAGGUGGAAAUUUCAUUUAACAUUCCACCACUUUUACUUUUGUGCAUCUACUGCAAUUGUCCCACAGGUUUUCUGGAAUACACUGAUCCAGUAAAAAUAUUCAAUCAAAAAAGUGCUAAGUUAUUAAGCUGUGCAGCUUUGACGUUAUUUACAUUUAUUAUGUUAUGCUUCGUAUAAAAAGUGUUAGUAGUACAGAAAUAUUUUUAAUUCAUAACAUUUAAAAAUAUAUAUAACGAAGAAAUCUGUAAUGUAAUUUAUUUAUUACUGAGGUUUUUUCAAUGAUAAGUUUGCUGUUAAAUCUACUUUAUCCUUUCGGGUAACUUUGAAUAUUUUAAUAAGUUAAGUUCAACAAUUUCAAUAAAGUAAUCUGUUUACAAAAAUCAUAGUAACCAUGAUUGCUUUAUAAUAUUGUGCUAAAACACUAACAACCUAUAUUAAAUAUGUUGUUUGCAUCCUUUAACUUACUCUGAACUCUAAGAAAUCUAGUAUUGAGUAAUGCACGGUACACCAAAAUUGCCUUCUUUCGAACUUUUUGCACCACUAUACUAAAUACGUAGCAAAAAAUGAAAUAUUGACGAGAGUGAAUUUGUCAAAAAAAUGUAUUAUUUUUUUUAGAAAAACUGUAUAUUUAUGUACUAAAUUUCUCCCUUAAUAUUUCUGCUAUAUCACAUAAUUACGUAUAGCGUAGUAUUUUUUUUAAUAAAAAGCAAAAAUGUAUAUAUAUUUUUUAAUUUUCAUUAUCUUAUGAGUCUUAUUUUUUAUAUCUAUAUUAAGAAUAAACUUUUCAGGCAAAAAAACUGUUUAUUGGGUGAAAUUAUGAAAAACUAUUGAUAAUGGCUAUUUAUGUUAUUGAGAACUCAAAAAUAUAGUUAAUAAAUUUUUUGUCUGUC